CACCUUAAAAGGUGUAUGUAUAGUUGCUUCUUAUAGUGAGGUGUUCUUAUUGUGAGGAAACUUUAUUUGCCUUGACAGUUGGAAGCUAAUGUGAGUUGUCAUGAAACUUUUUUUAUGAUGAAUGCCUUUUUAUUCCAGUGCCUUUCUUAAGGAACUAAUUAUGGUUGAAACAACAGAUAACAUAUUUCACAUCAAUCAUCAGAAUCAAUAAUUACUUUCCCAAAUUAUAAGUCUCAACUGUCAAGACAUUCAAGGAUACCUCAUUAAAAUAAGGAUACUUCAAUUGGAGGAGCGACUAUGCAUACAGCGCCCAGCACACUAAUUUAUGUAAUGAAGACUUGGUAUACCCGCAUACCAAUUACAGAGGUCGCUGUCAGCAAACGUCAGCUGGAUUGGAAAUUGGAAUGCAACAGGGACAGGGUCGGAGUGAGAUUUGGGUUAAAAACCUUAAAUUUUUUGAACUAUACACGUUUUGUGACCUAGAGAUUUCAAUGCGUGUAAUACUUCAGUAAAUAGAUAAUGUAUUGUUUCUUCUCAAAUUUCGUGGAAGAUUAAUUUGUGAGUAGGAAAUUGUAACACACAAAGCAUUUCAUAUCAAGAUUCUUUGCCACUGCCAGUGCAGAUCAAAAGUGAGAAAUACAUUGCUAAAGAAUUUCUAUCACCAUGAAUUUUCAAUACUUGAAUCCAAUCUGUACCCAAGAGUGCAUUGAUGAUAUUGUUGAAGGUAGGUUACAAUGCCAUUGUGGUGAAGAUGGGAUAAAUGAGUGGCACUGGUCAAUGGUCUCUACAAAUGCAAGAGUUCUGAAUAAUAGCCGAGAUAUAUUAUUCCAUCCAUACAUCAGUUCAGGAACUGGAGCUGCAAGAGGAGAUUUAGAGCUAAAACCAAACUUUCAUUAUUAUUGGGAGAUAAAAAUGUUGACAAUGCUAUAUGGAACUGAUGUGAUGGUUGGAGUUGGAACAUCUGAUGUUGUACUGAAUAACUGGAAAUAUAAGGCAUGUAGCAUGUUGGGCAUUGAUUCCAGUUCUUGGGGAUAUUCAUAUAGAGGUAUCAUACAACAUGACAAUGUCAGAAAAAGAUAUGGAUCUAAGUUUGGAUUUGGUAGCAUAAUUGGUGUACAUCUUGACAUGUGCAAUGGAACUUUAGAAUAUUACCUCAAUAAGAAACCUUUAGGUAUAGCUUUUACUGGUCUUAAACAAUUCAAAUUAUACCCCUUGGUGAGUUCCACAGCAGCACAAUCAGCUAUGCGCAUAUCACGAACAUAUGCUGAGAAACCGACACUCCAAAUGUUAGCAUUGGUGGUAAUAUGUGAACAUUCCGCCCUGUAUAAGGUGUAUGAAGAAAUCCCGGGAUUAUAUAAGCUAUAUGAGAGUAAAUAUAGCUGGAUUGUUCCAAAAACUGAUGCAGAGCAAAAGUAUAGAGAAACAAAAGAAGAUAAGCCUGUUGCCUAUAAAAGUCACCUUCGAGGUAGCUGUUGCGUUUUUCAUCACAUUCCUCAACAGUACACUCACGGAUGUCACAAUCCAAAUUUUACAACUGGCGGCAUGAACAUGGCUCAUCGCCAUAGAGACUACUCGGCUCCAGUUUAGAAUGACAUGUUCUGUUCCAUCAUCUGCUAGAUAUGGAGAAGUAGCUGUUCCUAACGUGAUCAGUAAUGUUUUUAUAUAUGUUCGAUUUUCGUUAAUAAACAGUGGUAUCAUGCAUUGGCAGGUGCAGAUCCAGGGGGGGAAGGCGGGCGGGGUUCCUUCCGCCAAAAGCCUCAGACUUGCAGGAAAAAAAUGAGGAAAGGGGAAAGAACAAGAGACCACAAUGUUUUUGUUUGACAACUCAAAAUAAGUGUGCAUUCUGUUCUUUUAAAUUACUUACUACUUACUAGAAUAAGCGCAAACGGAUCCGCGUCUAUGCAUCGAGGAGAAGUCAUGCAAUAAGUAGUGUUGAAAUGAAUUGUGCAACUCGAAAUUAACAACUGAGAUCUGGAAAUACUUUAUAUUAACCUAAUAAAAAUCUGAAAAAGUUGCACCUCUUCAUCUUCUGAACACGAAACAGUGGUAGUAGUGUUCGUUCGUCCGACAACAGACGGCCAACCAUGGACAGCUGUUUUGGUGCUCUUUGACAUCUCUUCAGUUUGGCGUAGCUUUCGUUGCGGUUAACAACGGAUGAAAGCUGACCAACUAUUCAGGGUAUACGGUCUAUCCAAAUAAGACAACAUAAAGUGCCAUCUAUUCAUAGGAUCGACCACUGCGAAAAUGAAAACAGCCGCUGUCUAUUGGAACUGUAUGUUAGUUCGCAUUGUCAGUACGAAACACCUGUCCAUGGUUGGCCGCCUGUGGCCGGAAGAGAGUAGAUAAGAGUCUCUCAGCUCUCGUUCGUUGUCCACCAAGACCAAGUCCACAUGUUGAAGAGUUGCCACAUAGCUAGAAACAACUGUACAAUUGAUAUCUCAAACUUUAUAAUUGUUUACUACUAUUAAAAAAAUAGCAUAGAAUGUAUUUUAGAUCCGAGUGACUUUUUUGUUGAUGCAAUAUUGUAGUUUAAACCUAAAUAAACACCUUAUAUGUAUAUCGAAGCAGUCGCGCAGGCAUAAGCCUAAAUGCCGGAGCACCGCGGCGGCUAUGAUGAUCCCAAAGAAAUUAUGUUAAUACGAUUUUUGAAUUGCCUAAGGUUAGUAGAACUGCAAAAAGCUUCCUCUUGUAGAUUGUUCCAAUCUCGACACCCUCGGGACAAAGGAGCGGUCGUAUCGGCCAGUUCUGGAUGUACGAAGUUUGACACAGUUAGGAUGGAACGCCAAAGUCAGGCGGGUCUGUCUGGCAGGCACAUCGCGCGGCGGCAUCAUGGAAGAGAGCUCUGAGGAGCAAAGCCCGUUGGUGUAGCGAUAGAAAAGAGCCAGAUUACCGACGGCUAGCCGGUGCGAAAGAGUCCCGAGACUGUCUGUUAAAGAAGAGUCAUCGAUCAGUCGGACCGCCCUCCUCUGGUCAGCAUCGAGCAUGGAUAAUGUAAUCGGGGCGGCAGCACCCCAAACGUGUGAGCAAUACUUGAGGCUAGGCCUUAUCUGGGCCUUGUAUAGAGUGAGAAGGUCAUUCGGAGAAAAGUACUUCUUAGCCCUAAACAAAUAGCUUUUUCCCAGCAGCUGCAGCUACUGGUGAGAUGUGUUCAUGCCAGAUCAGGCCCUCGGUGAUCUGGACUCCGAC